AUGCUAGGCUCAGAAAUAUAACUGAAUAUACCUACAAGUCUAGAUUAAUCAGUCAGUUAAUAGAAUCAAUCUUUCAUUUCUGCAACUGAUCAAGAUUUAUUGCCUAGCUAAAAGGAUGUUAUAAGUUUGAGACAAUACUAAAUAGACACUUUUCAAAAUAUCUCAUAAAUUAUUGAUAAAGAUGAAAGUCCCAAUAAAAACCUACAGGACAACUAAUUAAAUAACACAAAUGGAGGUGGGAGAAACCCUUUCAAAUUGCUUGGGUUGUUAAAUGAGACUGAAAAAAGAGGUAGCACCUUUUUUGGAUCAUCAAUAAAAAAGGAAGGCACAAGAUCUUACAUGUUAAAAAGUAAACCACCUAAAGAAAAGCUUAGUAGGAAAGAGAGAAUAAAGCAAUUUCUACUUAAUUUACUACCCAGAGGAUUAAAGUCUUUGAAGAAUGUCAAUGAUAAGGAUCAAUAUAAUGUCUAUAACAUAGUUAAGAAAAGGGAAAUUUUGAAAGCAAAAAUUAUGUUAAAUCACAUAGCUGGGGCAGUCUUUGGACUUGGACAUGGAUGGUUGUAAUUCAAUGAAAAUAGAAUAUAUGAGGAGUCCUAGCUAAAAUCCUUUUAGGGAGUAUUGACUAAAGUUUCUGAUUCAAAGUAAUCAUAGAUUUUUAUCAUGAGAGUAACUGGCAUGAUAAUCGCUGCAUUUUUAGUGUUUAGUGUGGUAAAGCACUACCAAUAUGAUCUCUAAAUGAAAAAGAUAAUAAAUGGAGGUUUCUCGUAUCCAUCCAUAUGGAAUCCUGACUAUAAAAUUUUUCUUGUAAUUGAGAUAGUGAUUUGCUGCGUAUUUAUUCCUCCAGGAUUGAAUGGUAUUCUUACUUUCAACACAAACGGAGGAACAGUUAGUUAUAGCGUCGAUAUGAUUUUUACUAGUCUCACAUUAUUCAAAGGAUAUCUAGUAACGAGAGUGUAUUAGCAUAUCUCAAUCUGGACUAACUAUGAAGCCAAGAGAAUAUCAAACAGAUUAGGAGUAUAAACAGAUGAAAUUUUUGGCUUGAAGUCUGAUAUAAAUAACUAUAAUUUUAUGGGAUUACUCUUGGUUGCAACUGCCUUAAUAAUAUACAUUUCAGCUUUCCUUUUUGGCUUUGAAAGAAAUUACUAUAACUCUGAGCUUACGGAUAUUCAUUGGUAUGAAUUCAUGCGCUUCUACAUUAAUCAGGUUUGGUUGUAAAUUGAAACCUUUUUCGGUGUUGGAUAUGGUGAGGGAUAUCCAGCGACUAUUCCUGGUAGAACAAUCAUAAUAAUUAGUUGUCUUGGAAGUCAAUAUUUGCUGUCAAUAUUAGUGUGCAUCGUGUUUUCUUGGGCAAAGUUUAGACCAUAAGAAGCUAGUGCAUAUUAAAUACUUUUGUAAAAGACAAAUAAAUACAGAGCUCAGGAAAGUGCUAAAGAUGUCAUAGUUUAGGCCCUAAGAUUAAAAAAGUUUCAAUAUUAAGUUUACAGUCCUAACAGAUACUUACAUAAAAUGAGAAGAAAGUUAGCUAAAAAGAUUGAAUAAACUAAGCAGUUAGCAGCAUAAGUACCAAAAUUAACGGAGAAAAUGCAAAAGCUAAGAGAAUAAAAUAAACAAAAUUCUAAGAAGCUUAAGACUAUUGCAGAUAUGUCUGAAAAUGUUAUGGAAUUCUUUAUUUAGUAGAAUAAUACCAUUAUGCGAUCUCAAUUAAAGAAAUAAAUUGCUAGAAACUGA